AUGGAUGCUGAGAAUAAGCAGCUUAGAAAUAAGAUAAUCCAGUUGGUAAAAGUGAUUUGGAAAGAGACAGCUCCAGGAGCUGCAAUCUGCGAGACUGAGAAUCAAAUGAGGAAGGAAUAUCCACUCAGUCAUUUUAUUUCCGACAUAUAUCCCUUUCUAUGUAACUAUAUAUAUGCAGCCCCAUAUUUCCCGUUCAUCAAAGAAGCAACGCAUGCGCCAGCAGUGUCAGUAUAUGACUACAUAGUAAUAGGAGGAGGAACAUGUGGGUGUCCCUUAGCAGCAACACUCUCACAAAGAGCUAAUGUCCUCGUUCUUGAACGAGGAGGCUCACCCUACAUCCAACCUGACAAAAUUAGCCUCAACAACUUUGUUAAUUCCCUCAUUGACACCACUCCAUCAUCCUUUGCCCAGCAAUUCGUAUCCACAGAUGGGGUCCUCAAUGCUCAAGCCCAAGCGCUGGGAGGAGGCUCAGUAAUAAAUGCUGGUUUUUACUCUUGGGCUGAGCCUGUGUUCGUGAGGGAAGUGGGCUGGGACGAGAGGCUGGUGAAGGAAUCAUAUGAGUGGGUGGAAAAGGUGGUGGUGUUUGAGCCGACGGUGAGGCAAUGGCAAUCGGCUGUGAGAGAUGGGUUAAAGGAAGUGGGAGUGUUGCCUUAUAAUGAUUUCAGUUUUGAUCAUUUGGUUGGGAUUAAAGUUGGAGGCACCAUUUUUUAUCACAUGGGUCAUAGGCAUACUGCUGCUGAUUUGUUAACUUACGCCAAUCCUCUCUCCAUUUCUGUUUACAUUCAUGCUACUGUGCAAAAGAUUUUGUUUCGUCACAAUCUAGAAACUAGGAGACCACAAGCCUAUGGUGUAAUAUACAAAGAUGAGGUUGGAAUCAUUCAUAGAGCAUAUUUAAAAGGGAUGGGUGAGAUAAUAUUGUCAGCCGGUGCAACAGGAAGCCCACAAAUGCUAAUGUUGAGUGGAAUUGGGCCAGCCAAUCAUCUCCAGGCCCACAGAAUCAAAGUGGUGUUGGAUCAGCCAAUGGUGGGACAAGGUAUGGCUGACAAUCCAAUGAAUGUUCUCAUUGUGCCAUCUCCUGUACCUAUUGAAGUUUCUCUCAUACAAACAGUAGGUAUCACUAAGUUUGGUUCCUACAUUGAAACUGCAAGUGGGUUGAACUUGGGCCUUUCUUGGCCCCAAAGGCUUCAAAGGAUUUUUGAGUUAGUCUCCAACCAAACGAGUAUGCAUUCCCUGAAGUCAAAAAAUAUGAAUAAGUGGACAACCAACAUUAGAUCUUUUGCCAACCUAAGUCUUGCAGGUGGAGUCAUACUUGAAAAAAUACUAGGACCUCUCUCAACUGGUCAUUUAGAACUCUCAACUACUAAUCCAAACGACAAUCCAUUAGUCACAUUCAACUAUUUCAAGGAACCUGAAGACCUCAGGGCCUGCGUUGAAGGUAUGAGAACCAUCAUUGAUGUGAUAAACUCCAAUACUUUCUCAAGGUUUCGAUACAAGAACAUGCCAAUCCAAGCCUUAUUUGACUUGGUCUUGAGCUCACCUAUGAACUUGAGGCCAAAACAUGCAAGUGCUGCCUUCUCUUUGGAACAAUAUUGUAUUGACACUGUCCUCACAAUAUGGCAUUACCAUGGAGGUUGCCAUGUUGGAAAGGUUGUGGAUCGUGUUUAUAAGGUUAAGGGUGUGGAUUCACUCAGAGUUAUUGAUGGAUCAACCUUUUUUGGUUCACCUGGGACCAAUCCGCAAGCAACUGUCAUGAUGCUUGAAAGGUAUAUGAGACAGCAGAUUUUAUGGGAAAGGUUUCUUCAUAAAGGGUAGAAGAGAUUUCAUGAGCCUUUUGCUUUGUUAUGUAUGUUUUCGUUUCAUGUGUAUACACCCCAUCUGAGUAAUGAAAC